AGCAAGAGUCAACGGAUGAAAACCAGCCUGUAAUAAGGAGGAAAAACAAGAACUCCGAGAUCAAGAAACCCGAACGAAAUCUGGAGGAGGAGGAGGAGCAAUGGGGAUCAAGGGUCUCCUCAGAUUCAUGAAGCGCUACAUCGAGCCGAUCCACAUCAAGAAAUUCGCUGGCGAGCGCGUGGGUAUUGAUGCCUAUUCAUGGCUUCACAAGGGAGCUUAUUCGUGCAGCAUGGAGCUCUGUCUCAACACGGAUGGGGCCAAGAAGUUGCAGUACUUGAACUAUUUCAUGCACCGAAUCAACCUGCUUCGCCACUAUGAAGUGACUCCCGUGGUUGUGUUUGAUGGGGGGAGCAUUCCGUGUAAAGCUGCCACUGAGGAGGAGAGACAGAGGAGAAGGAAAGCUAAUCGCAAUCUGGCCCUGCAGAAGUUUAAAGAGGGAGAUGUCCAAGCUGCCUCAGAGCUCUUCCAGAGAGGAGUGAGUAUUACCCCGUCCAUGGCACAUCAAUUGAUUCAGAUAUUGAAGUCGGAAAACAUUGAAUUCAUAGUAGCUCCUUACGAGGCCGAUGCACAAUUAGCUUAUCUCUCAAGUCUUGAAGCAGAGAACGGUGGAGUUGCAGCUGUUAUCACAGAAGACAGCGAUCUGGUAGCAUAUGGUUGUCAAGCUAUUGUAUUUAAAAUGGAUAGGUACGGCAACAGUGAGGAGAUGUUGCUGCAGAAGGUUUUCGAUUCCACAAUUAGUACACCUUCCUUUCGAAAUUUCGACAUGGCAUUAUUUACCGGUAUGUGUGUCUUAGCUGGCUGCGAUUUCCUUCCAUCUGUUCCUGGGAUAGGGAUAAAGAAAGCUCACUCUCUGGUUUCCAAGUAUCGAAACAUGGACCGUGCGUUAUCAGUUCUGAAGCUUGAAAAGGGAAAUCAGAUGCCUGAACAUUAUUGCAAAUAUUUCCACGAGGCAGCAGCGGUAUUCCAGCAUGCUCGAAUAUAUGACACCGUCACGAAGAAACUCAGACACUUGAGACCUCUUUCGGAAAAGCUCCUGGAGGCUCUAGAUGGAGAGCUAGAUUUCCUUGGACCAGACAUCCCUCCAUCAAUAGCUAUUGCAAUUGCGGAGGGAAGAGUGGACCCGUCAAACAUGGAAGCAUUUGAUAAUUGUCAAACUUCUGGAUGCCAUGUGCCUAUCGACAUCAUACCAGCUUCACGUCAACAUUGGCAAGAUGAGACUGCUGCUUUAUCUGCAGAGAAAGACUGCUUCUUCGUCAACAUCUCAAAUGAAUAUAUGAAAGCAGACUUCACAGUGAUGAAGGAGGGGCUCAAUUUACAGGAAAGGAAGUUUAGCAAUGAAGCAGCUGCGCUUUCGAGACUGAUGCUACCGCCAGAAACCUCCAGAGCUGCGGGGAGUGUGGCGGUUUCUGAAAGCAUGUCUUUUAAGAUGCCUGACAACAAUCCUUUCAAAAUAAGAAAAGUCGGUAAAAUUCACUCAAGUCCAGUGAAAAGCGAAGACGAAGUUUCCCUUCUGAUAGACGUCGAAGAAUUGGAUUUGCUAGUUCCAAGUUCCAAUGAAGUUUCAUUAAACAUGUCCGAAAACAACCAUUACAUGAAAAGAAAGCGGAAUCAAAUUCGCUUUGAUCUCAAGGACGGUGAUACUGAACCAUGUUCUGUAUUGACUGAGGUGGGAAAUUCAGGCAUCUUGUGCAAUGCAUUAGCAUCUCAGGAGAGCGUAACUUCUACUCCUAACUGCAACACUAGUGAAAACAGGCUAGCUACACAGAUAAAGAAAUUGAAAAGAAGUAACUGCAAGGGUUCAGAAAACAGGACUAGUAUUUUGAAUUAUUUUUCUCGUGUAUGAUACAUUAAAAUCUUUUUCCCCAAUUGAGCUAUUUUGACACGAGGCUUUUCAGUAAA